GGAGAGAGGGAAGGAGACAGGGAGAGAGAGGAUAGAGGGAAGGAGACAGGGAGAUAGAUAGAGAUCUGGGUAAACAGAGGGCUGACGAAUAGGGGGAAGGUAAGAUAGCAAGAGGAAGGAGAAUAAACAACUGAAGGGGAAAGAAGGAUCGAGAAAACGAAAGAAAACCAGUUUGCCGGGAGGAAAGCAGCGAGAAAUAAUCGGAUCGAUCCUAGAUAGAGGAGGGGGCGAGUGGGGGAUGGGGCAGUGAGUGAGGGAGCAGGGGAGAGCGACCAUCGCCGACACCCGCCCGUCCUCCACUCCACUCCUCUCCACUACACUUGAUCCCCGAGGGCAGCGAUCAGCAACAACACCAUGAAAGAUCUUUUUUCACAUGAGCACAACAAUGAAGCGUAUACACUAUUGAAGCAAAUAAACCAUUACUUGGAACAAGAAUCCAAAUUUUUACCACGGCCAAGAGGUCUUGAUGCAAUAGAAUCCACCUUGGAGAAUGAUGAUUGUGUCUCUCCGAAGUUAAGAGAUGCUAAAGUGGAAGAUCUCCGGAGCUUGACCAGGUUCUUUGGCUGCAGUACAGAGACUUUUGUUUUGGCAGUUAAUCUCCUGGACCGAUUUCUGUCCUUGAUGAAGGUGCGACCUAAACACCUGCCUUGUCUUGGAAUGAGUGUCUUCCAUCUCGCAGCAAAGGCCAUUGAGGAAGAAUGCAAUAUUCCUUCUGAACAUGAUCUGCUCCGCAUUAGCCACUGCAAGUUUACCGUGUCUGAUCUCAAGCGAAUGGAAAAGAUUGUCUAUGAAAAGCUAAAUGGAGAACUCAAGGCUGUCACAGCCUUUCAUUUUCUACACCUGUAUCACGCCCUGGCACGCUACCAUAUAACUGAAGGGAAAGAAUAUCUAAUACUUGAUAAACUGGAAGCACAACUGAAGGCCUGCAGCUGCCGAUUUGUGUUUUCAAAAGCUAAACCAUCUGUAUUGGCUUUGUCGCUUUUGACCCUUGAAGUUGAAAACUUGAAAUCUGUAGACCUGUUUGAGAUUAUACUGCGUGUUCAAAAACAUUCCAAAAUAAAUCAUCGUGACUUGACAUACUGGCGUGCCUUGGUCUCGAAAUGCCUGGCUGACUAUUCUUCACCUGAAUGCUGCAAACCUGACAACAAGAAGCUUGUGUGGAUUGUUUCAAGGCGUACUGCCCGUCACUUGCAGAACAGUUACUAUAGUGUUCCUGAACUACCAACUAUUCCAGAAGCCGGCUGUUACAGUGAAAUGGGAAGUGACGAUUCUUGUGAAGAAAUGAGCUGUGGUGAAAGCAGUCUGAGCAGUUCCCCAAGGAGUGACACAGCAGAAGAGUUCUUCCCUGAAGACUUCGUGCAUCAAUCCAAGUGGCAAAAUCUGUGCUACCGAACUCCUUCUGCAAACUCUUUGUAGAUCAAUGGGUCACAUGAGCUCUCACAUCCAUGCUUUUAAAUUGUCAACAUGGAUGCAUUUUAAAAAGUGAAACGUAAUUGCAAGUUUGAUGUAAAUGUGGAAAGGAAGUGUUGGGUAUUGAGACUUCCACUGAGCUUGCCUGCAUAAACUACAAAAUAACAAAAACAGCUCAAGAUUUGUGAGAUUUCCCAAUUUCUGCUUAACCUGUGAUCCCAUACUGCAUCUCUGAAGCUUUGACUUUUAGCCAGUUAGAAUUACUUUAGCCAUUUUAACUGGGAAAUUACCCUUUUAAGUGCUUCCCACUUUUUUGGCAAAUUCUAUUUGAUUUUAGAUUUUAGUAACAAUAGUAAUGUAAUUUUAUGGCACUUUAAUUUUUAGAUGAAUACCUGUUCGGGUGGGUGUGGUGUAAAUCAAAAACAAAUACCUUCAACUCAUUCAUUCAAAAUACUUAAUCUACAAACGAAUUUCCAUCAAACCACAGUGAUCUAUAACUUUACAAGUACAUCGAUCAACAAUUUGACGCAUAAAAUAUGCAGUUAUGAAUAUCUUGUAAACUUUUCUUAAUGUUCUCCUCUUUUGUUGUGUGCUAUCUAUAUCAAUUGGCAGAAACAAAAGACCACAUUGCUGAUUCAAAAACAAGUAAUUUGAAUUGGAACUGGAAUCAAUAAAUUGGUUCUAUGGUACCAAUUUUGCCUUCUGGAAUUUAAAAAAAAAUCCCUUUUGGAAGCAAAAUGAUUCCCCUGAAAAUAUCUUUUUAGAGGGGAAAUACAUCAGUGCUUAUGCUAAAAGUUAUAGAUUGCAGCUGCACAAUUUCAAAUGAUUGGUUAUUUGUAAAAAGUAAUUCAUAUUUCAAGACUGGCUUAAAUAGUAACUGGGAAUUCAAUUAAUUAGAGCCUACUAUUUUGGUUGAAUGGUUUGGUGGGGAAGGGAUAAUUUGUAAAGAUUGAAGAAUGAAGUGAAAGCAAUUGGAUAAAAUGUGAACAUGCCCAGCCUGAGUUGUUCACCCGCCCUGACAAGAGCCGAGCAUUAUUUUAAGUUUUGUUUCUUCAAAAAUGGAAUUGCUCAAUAUUUAGAAAAUCUGUAUUGCAUUUGGAAUCAUUUAAAUAAGCAACUUUUUAUUUUAGAGGUGUAGAUUGUAAACUUAAUUGCUGGAAUUCUUAAAUCAACAGUGACACCAAUUUUCUGUGUUUAGUCAAGCGGCCAAUAUGCAGGACUGUUCCUGCUCAAAUGUAAUCCUGUAUUUCUUCCCCUUUCUUUACCUACUUGUCACAGGUUAUGUGUGUUAGCAUGACGGAUGUAAUAAUCACAAGACUAGCAGCAGCCCUGUGUCUGUCACCUCAGC